GUAUCCUCUAAAUUGUUCAUUUUUAUUUCUUAAUUUGUGUUUUUUAGCAACUAUUUUGAGCAAAAUUAAUGAACAUUGAAUGUUGUGAAAGGGAAGAGAAGAAAAAAAAAGAGCUUCCAUUUUUGAAAGCUUUCCUCGUGGAUGUCGGUUUUCUCGCAACAGUGAGAGUAAGGGGAAAAGUGUGUGUAGCAUUGUACAUAAAAAUAUAUAAAAACGCAUAACUUUUUACUGUCAAUAGCUGCUGUUGCUGAAAUUUUCAUUAAAGACUCAUUUUCUCUUUUUUCCAAUUUUUCUGUGAUUAAAGGAAGAAAAAUGUAAAAAAAAAGUUCGUAAGCAAAGGCAAAAAGGGAUAAUAAAAUAGAGAUGGUAGUAAAUGUGUAGGACGUAUGCUACGGUUAAUUAUUGUGAUUCUCUGAACUGCCUCAACCAUUCUGUAUUGCGCUGAAUUAAAAAAAAAGCGAAUGUCAUUGUAGUGACUACAACAAUUCCAUGUGCGAUGAACCUUGAAUACAUCCUAUAUAGGUGGAAGAGUAUGAGAAAAGUCUGAAAAUUCACGAGAAAACUUUGUAUGGGCUUUUUUUGUGCGCUUUGUUCGCCAGCAGGGAAAAGAGUAAAAUGCCAACACACACCCUUUGCUGAAUUUGCAUUAACUAAGAAUAGUACGAAGAAAAAGUUGUUCUUUUUUGUGAACUAUCUAUCCGGAGUGGCUUCAUUUUAGCCAUAUUGCGAGUCACAAAAGACUCAACAGGGAGUGUUUUGUCUUCGUGUCAUUUGCAAUCUGUUGCAUGUGGAGAUUUUUCUUGAUAUAUACCACACAGAAAAAAAAUAAACCACUCACUCCCUCUUCCGGGUGAUUUGUGCUAAAAAGGCAUUUUUAUGUGUUGGUGGAUAGAAAAAUAACCAGAAAAAAAUAAGAAAAGAAACAAGAAGGAAAUUGUAAAUUUUUAAUGAGUGUGUGGGAAUAAUUUAAAAUUUCCCAAGACUCAAGAUCAUAAAGAAUUCCUUAAAACUCUGUGUAUGUGUGUCGCAUUUCUUGGAAGCUUUUAUGAUCCCACGACGAUGUUACAUUGUGCCAAGGAUGGAAUCUAAUUACAUUUUUUAAUAAGGAUAAACUUGUGAGAGUUCCAGGAGAAAAAUUCUGGUGGCAGCUGUGGGGGUGGAAUUGUGCACAAAAGCUAUAGAAUCGCGUGGGUGUGAGGGAAAUUCGAGAUGAGUUUCUUUAGUUCACUUCAGCAAUAUGUGACGAGUGGUGUGGCGGGAUUAGGCCUGAGUCCACGGAGAUUCUCAAUGUCACGUCAGGAAUCAACUGAAGUGCCACAAGACAAGGGAAACAAUUCACAUGUUCAUGGCUUCCCCAAAGUUGUACCCCAGCCGGGAGCUGCAACACCACCACCCCAAACCACCACCGGACAAUCAUCCUCGAGGCGACAGUCGAGGAAUCUCGAAUGUCUAGUUCCCCCACGAACUGGGUCAUUUCGACAGAGGAACUCACCUGUUCACACCACACCACCGGAUCGGCCUCCAUUGGCGUUCUGUCGACGGAGACUCUCAUGGCCUGAAAUUGAUUCUCGAUCCACAUCUGGAGUUCAAGAGACAGAUGGUUCCUAUUUUGAGAGCUUCACCGCCCUAGCGUGGAAAAGGGAGAAUCGUCGUUUAUCAUCAAUGCGAGCCGCCGAGGCGAGGGCGGAAACACUUCCGGAGAAUGAGAGAGAUUUGAGGGAGGCACAUGUGGAUGAGGAAGAUCGUCCUGAGCAUAGGGAGCAACUCUAUGUUGAUGUAUUGUACACAAUUGCAAAUACCGUGGGUGCUCCAGCGCCAGGAGGGCAGUUUGCUCACUACAAAGAGGAGAUGUAUCUACAAGCUCAGAGGGCAUUUGGCGUCUCGCCAGAUCGUCACUACCGACUACUCCAUGCUGCCGCUGAGGAGAAACCCAAAAUUGUGGUGCUAACUGUUGUUGUGCAAGAGGCUGAUGGUUUGGAGGCGAAGGAUGCCAAUGGCUUUAGCGAUCCGUAUUGCAUGCUGGGUAUUCAACCAUGUGGAGCUCCGGUGUCACCCCAACCGCCCCCAUUGACCCCGAGAACUCUUUCAGAAGCAGGACUCGAUAAUAAUUUGGAUUCACCGCACGGAGACAAGCUGCGGAAGCACCACAGCUUCCGGCUGAGCUUUAAGCGUAAAGAAGGGUCGAGGCGUGACCAACGUGAUUCCCUGAGUGGACCUGUACCAGCCAAAUUUAUCCGCGCCACUUCCAUAAAGCCCCACACACUCUGCCCCAAGUGGAAUGAGAAGUUCAAAUUUGAUAUUGAUGACCUGAAUACUGAUACCUUCCACUUGGACAUUUGGGACCAUGAUGAUGAGAGUUGCGUCCUGGACGCAGUAUCGAGGCUCAACGAGGUACGCGGUGUACGGGGUUUGGGGAGAUUCUUCAAGCAAGUCUGCCAAUCAGCGCGUCAGGGAUCCCAGGAUGAUUUUCUGGGCUGUGUCAAUUUCCCCGUGGCGGAGAUUCCCUCCACGGGUUUCGAUAGAUGGUUCAAAUUGGAGGCAAGGAGUCAACGGAGUACCGUUCAGGGGAGGAUUAGGCUGAAAAUGUGGCUAUCAACGCGCGAGGAUAGGGGUACAUCGGAAGAGGAUACCUUUACGGAGGUGCGAAAGCUCGAAAAGCUCCACACGGUGUUCAUGUGCCACGAAUUGGCAACGCACGAACCCACGUGGACGUGGUGUGGUGAACUUCCGGGGCCAGCACUAACUAUCCUCCAUCAAAUGGCUGUUCAGGGAGAUUUGUCGGAUCUCCUGUCGAGCCUUUCGAGAUUUGUGGCUGCUGUAAAGCUAAAUCGACGAACACCCAUCGACCCCAAGUUCCUCCAUCGUAUGCUCGUGGAAUCAGAUAGGUUGUGGAGUCAACCAGGGCAGGAGCCACUCACGCGUGAUGUGGAACAAUGGCUGGCGGAUGCAAUGACGGGGUUUGUGGAGAAGUCUCUCAAUCAAAUUCGACGGCAUCGUGAUGUCUUCCCUGCCCUGCAUCCACCAUCACUUCUUCGCCUUGAAUUCCUUCUUCGCUGCCUUGGCCUAUUGGGUUCCAUGAAGGCAUUCCGACAGGUUUGUCCCUUCAAUAAAGGCGUUCGUGGUGAAAUUGUUGCAUCCUUGCGGAAAGGUUCCAUCCAAUGGGCACAGCAUGGACUUCGUGAUGCACAGAGAAGUGGGAGUCCUCUGGUUCACUUCACAUCAACCCUAAUUGCUGAUCUUCAACUCGGCCUCACUUACUACCAUGCACCAUUCGACAACACAAAUGGGAUUCAGUAUUUCAGCAUCAUUUACAAACAAUUCGACGCAAUGCUGGCCGAAGAGGUGACAUCGAGGAUGGAAACGGGGCAAAUACCGGGAACAUCACUUAAUCAUUGGACACUCCUUGAGGGUGACAAAGAACCCGCAGAUACGCGACCAUUUGAGCUCUAUCUUGCCUUACAGGAAUUUUCAGCACUUAAACAGCACCUGUCUGUGAUGCCACAGCCCCCGGAAAAGCAGCUAGCACUCCAGAAUUAUCACGAAUGGUUCGAGGGGGCCCUACAACGAUGGCUAUCUGUGAGUAAAGCACGUGCUCUCAAUCGUGUCAGGGCAUCAAUACAGCUCGAUCGAAUCUGCGAAGGAGAACGUAUUGUGCGGCAUAGCACUUCUUCCGUUGACACUGCCUCCUGCUUCUAUCAACUACGUGAAUUCUGGCAACUACUUCAGUGGCCUGAUCUCAAUACAGGUGCUCACUUUGAAGCUCAACUCGUUGAUGCUGCCUGCGCUGCGGCAGUUCACUACGGAGAUCUCAUUCAUCAAGCACUAGCAGAUGGAGGGUACUACGAACAAUCGGGACCAUUUCGCACAUCGGACGAUAUGUGUGUGACUGUGAACAAUUUGGAGUACGUUCGGCGUUCUCUGUCGGAAUUUCGAUCAGACGGUGGGAGUUUGCCGGAGAUUACGGAAGCACUGCUGGAAUCGAGUCUGCAACAGUUGGAAACGCGUGCUGAGCGUGUUCUCGGGCGCUUAGGGGCUCUCAUGCAGGGUCCACUGCAGAAGGCUGUUUUCCAUUUAGCCUGGUCUCCGGAUACACUGCCGACAAAUCAGGCCAUUGUACCCCUUCUUGAGUAUCUCGAUGUUCACCUGUCGGCCCUCAAUAGUGCCCUGCUGUCGAAGAGCUUCAACAGGGCACUGUGUAUUGUGUGGAACACGGUGCUGGGGGAAUUGGCACGACAAAUGGAUACGGGUGGUGAUGGGGAUCGUCCGCGGGUGUUUCAUGAUCGUCUCUACGAAGCUCUCCAUCUUCUUGUGGAUUUCUUCAAUGCCGAGGGUUUGGGGCUGCCAAUGGAUGUCCUCCACUGUGAGGGCUAUUGGCGCGUCGAGCAGCGGCUGCAGUACCACAAAACAGACACAGAUCGCCUAAUUGAUCUCUUCCACAUGCAGCGUCUGCAGGAGCAGCUCACAGCUACGUGUCCUGGCCCAUAUGGUAUUCUAGCUGUACGUGCUUACUUCAAUCAUGACUCCCUCUGUGUGGAGGUUCUCCAUGCACGGGAUAUUAUUCCACUUGAUCCCAAUGGCUUUAGUGACCCUUUUGUGAUUCUCGAACUUCUUCCACGUCGUAUUUUCAAUCAUUGCACCGAACAGCAGACCAAUGUCCAUAAAAAAACCCUCAAUCCCAUCUUCGAUGAAUGCUUCGAAUUCUCUGUGACACUAGAGCAAUGCCUCACGGAGGGGGCAAUGAUUGCUUUUACUGUGAUGGAUCACGAUGUUCUCACGGCAAAUGAUUUUGCCGGAGAAGCCUUCCUGGCACUUGGAAAUAUCCCCGGGGUUGCUGACUACAGUACAAGCGUUGAGAAUUUCCAUGGGCUUAAACAUGUGGAUCUACCACUAAUGCAGCAGCACGAUAGAAAUCAUCCAAUCCUGCAGAUUCUUGAUUCGAGAAUUGGUGACAAACAGGCCGUGGAUUUUGUAAGGAAGCAGAAGGCACGGAUGGCUGUGUAAUUCCACCAACACGAAGGACGAAAAGAAGGUAGAAGAGGAGGAGGAGGAAACUAGGAGAGAGAGAGAGUUACUUUCGGGAAAGCUCUUCAUCUACUAAACCAAAAAAAAGGGGAAAAGCCGCUUAAGAACUUCCCAUUGGCUUCAAGCUUAUAUAAUAAAUAUAUAAUUGUGGGAAAAUGCUAAAAUAUUUAUUAACUUCUCUACUUUCUAUAUUAUAUAUUUUUUAUUAUAAAUAUUUUUCUCUUGGGAAGUUUAUUUUUUGUGAAAAAAUAAUCUUUUCACUCUAAAAAUAUUUUUUUUCAUCUUUUAUGCAUUUUGUUAUGAAAUGCGCGGGAAAAUGGAAAAAGGAUUAAAAUAAAUUCUGUGGAAAAUCAUUUAUUUUGUGUCUGAAUAAAAAAACAAUCAGCAUUACAAUUCAAUCGAACAGUUCAGCAAAAUGAAUCAAUUCAGAAAAUUCUCUGAAUUAUUUUUUAGUAGCUGGAUUUAUUCGUUAAAAGUUAUAAGUUUUGUAUGUUUUAUAGGAAAAUAAAACGUUCAGCAUCAGAAUAAAAAUUUAUGAUCUGCUAAAGGGUUUGUUAAUAAAUAAUUUCAAUAUAAAAUAAAUUCAGCACAAAUUAAGAGAAAUUAAAAUGAAUAAAGCUCACAGACUGAAUUGUUCAGAAAAUUAAUUUUUCGUUUAAGAAUAAAAAUUAAUAUCUGAAUAAAGAUUCGGUGAACAUUUAAAUUCAGCAAAGCUAAAAGAAAAUUAAGCAUAAUUCAGGCAAUUCAGCAUCAUCCGAUAAAAAUUUAAGUAACAAAGAGCCUUAUUCAGCGACCAAGAAACCCUUAAAAUUCACUUGAAAUCUUGAAAUUUCAGUACAAAAUUCAAAGAUUCAAAAGUUUCUUUGUCGCUGAAUAAGGUCCAUUUGCUGAAUUCUUUGAAUUUUGCUGUAUUCUCUGAAUUUUUCUGAAUUUUUUAAAUUAUCUUGAGUUUACCGAUUUUUGCUGAAUUGGAUAAAUUUUUUUGAGUUUUUCUGAAUCUGAAUUUGAAUGAUUUCUAUUAUGUGAAGUAAUUUAAAAACUGCUGAAUUCUCUCUUCAGGCGCUGAAUAUGUCCUUCUAGUGCUGAUUUCAAGACACAGAUAAAUGAAUUUUCCACCUCUUCUAACUUUUGCCUUCAUGAUACUUUAAAAAAAAAAACAUAAAAUCUCUUUCUAAAAGAAAUCAAUUUGUGUGAUGAAACUUAUUCUGAUUAACUCCGUAGAGUAGCGAAACUUAAAAAAAAUAAUUUUCUGUGUAAAAAAAAGAAAAACAAGAAAUUGAGCCAAAAAAUUGUACAUUUGUAUGAAUUUUCUCUUCUAAAUCUAUAAAUUAAACUGCGCACAUGCUUUAGGAAUUAACCAAAAAAAAGAACAUGGGAUUGAAAAUGAGAUGAAAAGGCGAUGCAGAGUAGCAAGAAGUAAAAGAAAAAUUUAACAUACUUUUGCUAUCGAAAAAAAAACCUACCUAAUAUCAUUCUAUGGAUAUUUUCUUAUGAACAAAAUAAAAAUGAAAAUCAUGAGAGGAGCUAAAGAGCGACAUUAUGAAGUGAAAGUUAUGAGUAAAAAGAAGGAUUUUAUCUGAGGAAUUAUAUUUAAAAAAAAAAUGAAAAAGAGAUAUGAAAUCAAUUAUUAAUUAAUAUAAAAAUAUAUUGUACAAUUCAACUAUGAUAGAACAUUAAGGGAAUAUUAAAAAAAUAAUAUUUAUGAAUCUCCUCUCCGUCGAGCUUAAAUUACUAUCUUUGCGGCUCUUUGUACUUUUUGUUUUUAACUUUUUUCUGUAUAAAAAAUCAUAUUGAGGAUACCAACAAAAAAAAAGAUGCUAUUUUAAAAGGAUAAAAAAAACGUACAUAUAAAUUUUGGACGCGACACACUUUUUGAGCACACCAUUCUAUACAUUCUAUACACACUUUUUACACAUGAAAAAAAACUCUUUGAAGAAGCGUAGGUGGAGCACAGCAUAAUAAAUAUAAAAGUAACAUAAUUUCCUUCAAUCUUCCAAAAAAACAAACAAACUGCAGCAUAAACACUGUUCAACCGAUCGGAUUCCAAUCGACCACCGAUUGGCAGCAAACACAACAUCGAAACAGCAAAGAAAAUCACUUUUCCAACAGCUGCGGUACUGAUUUUCAGAGAAAUCUUUAAAAUUUCUUCUAAUAGAAUCAAUAAAACUACAACAGAGUGAUGGAAAAUAAUAAAGAGAACCUCUAAGAACGUUUAUUUAAAAGUUAACGACAUUUUCAGGCUUUGCCAGCGUCCUUUCUGGCCGCCAUUUUGAACUUUUUUUUAUUUUAUCCGUUAAAAUUUAAAAAAAUAAAAUUAUUCUCUCGUCCCCAUUAUUCUCCCUCACGCUGUUGUAAUAGAGAAAAAAAACUCAAAUAUUUAAUUAAUUUCCCUUUUACUCAAAUUCUCACAAGCAACACAACAUGCACACAAAACAAAUUAAUUAAUCCAGCAACAACUUAUGAUGAGAUUUCUCUUUCACAUCCACCCCUCCCUUCCAUUUGGGGGAUGUUGGUGUGAGGUCUUUUUGUAAAAUCUUUAAUAUAUUUUUUGAACUGAGAUUUUCCUCCAAAGAAAAAUGUAAAACUUUAUUGUAAUAAUCAAAAAAAGAAUAUCUGAGUGACAAAAAUCAUAAAAUAGAGGCAAAAAAAACAUUCAUCUGAAAAAAAUGGAAUCAAUUAUUAAGUGUGUAAUUAAAUAACAUUUGGGGUUGAAUUUUGCGAUGGGGGAGGCGUGUGAUGCGGAUUUGUGAGCAACUGUGGGGGAUGAGAAUUACAAUAAAUGUGAAGAAUGAA